CGAUACUCAUUAAUAAUAAAAUUUUGUCGUAUUAAUAAUUGAAUUUUUUCUUGAGUAACAAAGUACAAAGUUUAUAGCCGUUGCGAUAUGCGCAGACUCGACUUUUGAAAUAUAUAAUAUAUUCAACGCAUUAAAUUUUUUAUUCACGAGGGAAACAAACUGAAUAAUGUAUAUCCAUGUCGUAAUGUGUGAUCGAAGAACGCGAAAAGCUAAAUUAUUAAAUGAUAUCUUGUGUUUUAGUCAGAUUCUUGCGACAACAGUUGGAAUAUUUAAUUCCGCCCCCCUUCUCGGUAUCCCCACGUCCGAACUCUACCGUGACAUACAUAUAUUCUUAUGCGCGUCUCGCGUUCGUAUCCGCAGUCGUUGUUGUCAAUAGAAAGAUGAAGGAUCCGUUAAAAUUUGUCGGGUACGCGAACGGCGCACGCGCGUAAAUUCCUUCCGCUGUAUUUUCGAAAACACUUCAUUGGCUCCGUUUUACACGCGAAGCGACUCUCUCGUAAACGUCAGUAGUAGCUCAUCCCAGAUUUCGGAGGAUCUCGUGAAAGGAAGCAAGGAAAACGCACACACCUUUCACCGCAUGCGAACAUACCGCGUUUCUUUUUCGAGUACAGUCGAGACCGAAGCCGAAGCCGAAGCCGAAGCCGAAGCCGAGGCGCAACGGGACCCUUCCUCGAUUCUUUAGCGUAUAUCGCGAGUCUCUUUCUCAGAAGCCUCUCGAGUCGUGCUUCGAAGAAGAAAAGAGUAUCUGGGUGAGAGAGAAAGAAAGACGACGCAAUAGGAGAGAUACGUGCCGCAAGACGUAUAUUUCUGCACAAUAAUAUUCAUCCGCAAACCACAAUCGUCGCAGUGCUGCUGAUAGCUCGACACCAGCAACAUGAGCAAGACAACGAGUCAAGACGAGAUUCAUAUGACAGCGCCUGAAUUAAUCGAAGCUCAUGGUUACGUAGCCGAGACUCAUCAGAUUUGCACACAAGACGAUUAUUAUUUGACUGUGCAUCGUGUACUUUCAUCUAGAGAUCGAGUACCGUCAUCAGUGCCAUUAAAUGCUGACACUAUCGCAAAUGCCGAUGCGACUGUUAUUAAUAAAAGUAGUGAAGAUCUCAAUUCGUCGAUUUCUUCCGAUUAUCAUCGAAUCUUAGAAACCCUUGGAUGUACCAUUCCAAGCUCUAAAUUGCCAGUUAUUCUAAACCAUGGGAUCCUAUCUAGUUCCGCAGAUUGGGUACUCCUGGGACCUCAGAAAGCCCUCCCAUAUCUUCUUUGCGAUGAUGGAUUUGACGUUUGGCUCAUGAACGCUCGUGGAAACACUUACUCUAAAUCUCAUAAACAUUACUCGAUCAAGGAUAGAAAAUUUUGGAAUUUCAGUUGGCACGAGAUUGGAUAUUAUGAUUUACCAGCAACUAUAGAUUAUAUCUUGGAAAAAACUGGUCAUUCCAAAUUGUAUUAUGUCGGUCACAGUCAGGGUUCAACCGUGUUCUACGUUAUGGGAAGUGAAAGACCAGAAUAUAACUCUAAGAUCAAAGGAAUGAUAAGUUUGGCACCUGCAGUAUUUUUAGGGAAUCAAAGAAGUCCAAUUUUCAAGCUCACUACAUCUAUUUAUAGCGUACUAGAAUGGGGAUCUUACAUUUGCAACAUAAAUCAAUUUUUGUCUCGUAAUAAAUGGCAAAAUCGCAUAUUGAGGACUUUUGUAAGCAACGCUCCUGGCACAGUAACAAAGGGUUUUUGUUAUUGUUGGUUUUUUCUCAUCGCUGGAUUCGGUAGCGAUCAACUCGAUAAAUCAAUGUUGCCCUUAAUAUUUGAACAUUCCCCGGCAGGCAGUUCGGUCAAACAAUUAUUUCAUUUUAAUCAGAUAAUAAAAUCCGGAUCUUUUCAGAAGUUUGAUUAUGGCACUAGAGUAAAUCCAACCUUUUAUGGAUCUGUACAAGCACCGAAGUAUAUUCUUGAAAGAGUAAAUGUACCUGUGGCAAUUUUUUACAGUGACAGUGACUUUCUUAAUCAUCACUCUGAUAUUCAAACACUAGUGGAUAGCCUACCAAAUGUUAUACAAACCGAAAAAAUAGAAAAAUUUAAUCAUAUUGAUUAUCUCUGGGGUCGCGAUGCAAAGACAAUCCUAUAUAACAGUGUCAUGUCUAUGUUGAAGAAAUUUUGAUCUAAUUUUGAUAUUUUAUCAACAAACAAUUGACUUGUAUCAAUUUUAUUAUCAACACAAACAUAUCGUCUAUUAUUAGGUUUCAUUCUAUGUAUGAGUACAAAAAUCAGUGCAUUAUAUGUAGAAAAAUUAUAACUGAUCUGCAAAAAUAGAUAACGGUCUUUAUAAACACUCUAUUUAUAUACGUAUUUAAAUGUGUUUCUAUGUAAAAAAUAAAUGUUAAAAAAAAGCAUUUAGUAAUUUAUAAACUACAGGCAAAACAACUUAUUUUUAUGUAAUCUCAAAAAGUAAAAGAUAAAGAUCUUGUAUAUAUAAAGUAAAAUAUACGAAUAUAUACAAUCUUAAUUAAUAUUAACAAGCUAAUUUAAAUCGAUUUACAAUGCUCCACUGUCAAAAGUUCAAGAUUUAAUAGUUUGCCUAGACGUAUAUUAAACAAUGUUAGAAAAAACACAUAUCUAACAUUGACAAACAAGUAAAAAAGAUUUUACUAAUUUCCAAUGAAUUAAAUUGACUUUUGGAACGUCUUUGUUUGAAGCUUUUUUUUAUCAUUUGGUAUUAAUCUCUGAUAAUCUUUUAUUGAUUAUUUAUUUUCAAUGUUAUGUAUACAUUAAAUUAUAAUUUAACUUUUCUCCUCUUUAUUUAUUCUUAAUGUGUAUAUAUGUAUCUAUUAUGUUAUAAACAUUUAUUAUAUAUUUUGCAAAUUUUUUUAUUUUUCUACUCCUUCAGUGACGUAUUCAGAAAUCGGGGAAAAAAAUAACUAAUAAAAAGUGCAUAAAAACCAA